AUGCGAUUUCCUCAUACAAAUGCCUUAUUUUAUACAUCUUCAAGUCGAUUAAAAAUUUUAGAUUCUAUUUCAGUUGAAAAGUUUUUUUCUAUUCCACACCAAAAUAACUUAUCUGAAAAUGAAAAUAAAAAUAAAAAUGAUGAGGAUGAGGAUGAGGAUGAGGAUGAAAAUGAAACGCCUGAUUCUUACCUCGGGUUUGAUCGCUCGCCUGAGGCAAAAUAUGGCCAUUUAAAAAUUGGGAUGGUCAUAUUUCCGGAAUUUAUUAGAGAGCAGCUUCGUCUUGCGCACAAAAACAAUCCCUAUAAAUAUUUAUUCAAUAAGGAUGUAGCUCGAAUAAAUGCCAUUGCUCAGGCUGCGAACCAAAUCUUACCACCUUCACCAGAUUUUCGGGAUAAUCGGAUUUUGUCUCCGUGCUCUAAAAGAUUGGCGGAUGUCGACUUUUCUCAUUUAUCCCGCGAAUAUAAUGAACGAGAUGCAUUGGCAUACGCUACCGUGCAGUCACCAUUAACAUAUGCUCCGAUUUUUCGUGUAUUUUCUGAGCUCACCAGACGAUUCCCCGAUUGGGCUCCAUCCUCAGUUCUUGAUUUCGGGUGUGGCCCCGGAACGGCGCUCUGGGCAGCCAAGGCUAUUUGGGGAAAUAGAUUAGGGACAUGUACAGGAGUAGAUCUUUCAGAGGCUAUGAUUGAUUUUGCAGACAAGAUAACAUCAAAGCUUGGUGGCGAACACGCUAUUGAGGCAAUUUAUAGGAGAUAUUUACACUUUCAUAAUGAAAAGGGGCAGUUUUAUGAAAUGGUUAUCGCCUCUUUUGUGCUUAAUGAGCUUGACUCGGUUCCCACGAAAGAGGGUGACCGCCCAGUCUUGGAACUUACACUGAACAACCUCUGGAAGUCCACAAAUUCCUUUCUAGUGCUUGUUGAAAGAGGCUCGCCGUUAGGAUCAAAGCUGAUCAUUCAGGCUAGAGAUCACAUUCUCGCAAAAGGAAAUGCACAAGUAGUUGCCCCUUGUCCACAUUCUGGAACCUGCCCAAUGCUGGGUAGUUGGUGCCAUUUUUCGCAACGUUCACAACUCCCUCGAGAAAUGAUGGAUAGCAUGAAGUUCAAACGGAAUAUCACAGAUUGCCGAUUUUCUUAUGUAGUUCUUCAAAAAAAAAGCAAAGAUGGGCCUCCCCUUCAAGAGUCCCGUCCGCAAAAUUGGCCCCGAAUAAUAGUAGGGCCAAAUAAGCUCAAAAAGAGGGUUGUUUUAGAUCUAUGUACGCCAGAAGGCACCCUGCAAAGACAUCAAAUCCCAAAAAGCUGUGGGCGGGAACAAUAUUACGAUGCCCGGAAAAGUCAACUUGGCGAUCUUUGGCCCUACCAUCCGCCUACGCUAAAGCCUCAUAUUCAUUAUGAUUUUGGAAGAGCUGGAAGAGUACGGACAGACCAAAAUAGGCACUUUUCGCUGAACGAUCAAAAUGCAACAAACCAAAACAUAAACAAUAAUUUCGCUGGCCCUCCUGCAGAUAAGAAGGGCAUCGACGGUUAUCAAGAACAUGUAUCUGUGAGAUUUCAAAAUGAGGAGAGAGGGCCUGACCUUGACUUUGAUGGAAACUCCGUCUAA